AUGACAUAUUCUGAGAGAAAGCCUAAUGAGAACCAGACCAUUUCUGAUGUGUUCAUCCUGGUGGGGUUUUCGUACCUUACCAGACUCCAAAUCCUUCUGUUUCUGGUGUUUCUGGUCAUCUACCUGGUCACCCUGGUGGGGAACCUGCUCAUUAUCCUCCUUAUAAAGCUAAAUCCCUCACUUCACACCCCCAUGUAUUUCUUCCUGCUCAACCUGUCCUUCUUGGAAAUCUGCUACACAAGCAGUGUGGUCCCUCAGCUGCUGGCUCACCUCCUGGUGGAGCAAAAGACCCUCUCCAUUGCAGGCUGCGCUGCCCAGAUGUACAUCUUCACCAUCAUGGGCCUCACGGAAUGCUGCCUUCUAGCAGCCAUGGCGUAUGAUCGCUACAUAGCUAUAUGCAACCCCCUGCAGUACAGAACAAUCAUGAGUGGCCAGGUGUGUGCACAGCUCGUGGGUGCUUCAUGGACCAUUGGCAUCUUGGUGGAAGUAGUUCAAACCACAUGGAUCUUCAGCCUUCCCUUCUGUGGCUCCAACCGCAUCCACCACUUCUUCUGCGACAUCCCACCAGUGAUAAAGAUGGCAUGCACAGACACAUCCAAAAACCAAAUUGUGGUCUUGGCUCUGUCCGUGCUGUUUAUCAUGAGCCCUUUCCUGCUGAUAAUCCUGUCCUACAUCUGCAUUAUCUCCACCAUCCUCAAACUGCCAUCGGCAGAGGGAAGGCGUAAAGCCUUCUCCACCUGCUCCUCCCAUCUCAUGGUGGUGACUUUGUUCUAUGGAACAGCCCUUUUCACCUACCUGAGGCCCAAGUCUAUCUCCACCCAGGAGGGUGAUCAAAUGAUUUCCCUCAUGUACACAGUUGUCACCCCAGUGUUGAACCCCAUAAUAUACACUCUGAGGAACAAAGAGGUGAAGGGAGCCUUUAGAAGAACAAUAGGGAAGAGCAUCUCUUCACACAACCAGAGAAAUUAAAGAAUGAAAAGCAGAGUCAAUCAAAAUGGGGGGAAUAAGGGAAAUUCAUAAACAUUUUGUUGAAUUUCUCCCGAUGACCCUCACUUUUUUAAUUGGAAUUUUUCCAUUUGAAAAACUUUGACCUGUUCUAAACCUGUUGGGAAAAUAGGAAGAGAAACUUUUCUUAAAUGAAAUAAAUAAAUAAAUAAAUAAAUAAACUUUCUUCAAACUUUUGAUAGCCAGAACCUUUUGACCAGAUCUAAAGAUCAUUGAAAAAUCAAAUGAUAAUCUUUAAUCAAAGUAGUGUCCUGAUUUUACAUCUUCAAAAUUUGAAAUGUCAAAGCAAAAAAAAAAAAAAAAUCUUAACAUAAGAAACAUUUCAUAAAAUGUUCAUCUUGGUUAGUUGGAAUUUAACAAUUUUCACCAAAAUUUUAAUAGUUGAAUAAUUCCAACCAGCUCUAUAGAAAAGUCCAUUUAGGCUUCCCCUUUUCCUGCUCUGGAAGUCCAGUGCAGCAUUUUAGGUUUUGGGUUGGGUUGUGGUUUUUCGGCUGUCGAAUGCAUUUCCCCAGUGCUCCCUCUGGCCUAAUUUAAAAUAACAUUCCUCGGCACUUAUGCAUGGCUUCCUGUAUAAGACACUGAUAGAUUUUUCAAUGC